CUUGAAGUUAGCUCGUUUCUGUCAAAAAUAAAAGUUGUUUUCUCAUCGUCGGUCGUUUUUGCCGUUUCAUCCGAAGAGUUUCAGUAAAUUCUGUGCUGAUCCUACUGUUAAUUUUCUAAUUUAAUAUAAUCGCAUUGAGAUGAGUUCCAUUGGUACCGGGUACGAUCUGUCGGCGUCUCAGUUUUCUCCGGACGGCCGAGUGUUCCAGAUUGAGUAUGCCGCCAAGUCGGUGGAAAACAGUGGUACGGUAAUCGGAUUACGCGGUAAGGACGGAGUGGUGUUGGCUGUAGAAAAACUUAUCACCAGCAAGCUAUAUGAGCCGGAAUCGGGAACCCGAAUCUUCACGAUUGAUAGUUCCAUCGGAAUGGCCAUUAGUGGAAUGAUCGCCGAUGGUCGCGCCAUAGUUGAUGUGGCUCGACAGGAAGCAGCCAACUACCGUCAACAGUACGACAGACCGAUUCCCUUGAAGCAGCUGAAUGAUCGUUUGUCCAGCUACUUCCAUGCCUACACCCUGUACAGUGCCGUGCGGCCUUUCGGGGUCAGUGUUAUUCUGGCCACGUGGACCGAAGAAGGGGGACCGGAAAUGUAUAUGAUCGAUCCAUCUGGUGUUUCAUGUGGAUAUUACGGCUGUGCCGUUGGAAAGGCGAAACAAACCGCAAAAACUGAAAUUGAAAAGCUCAAACUGUCUGAUCUUUCCGUUAACGACCUUAUCUUAACAGCUGGUAAAAUAAUCUAUCAGGUGCACGAUGAAUUGAAGGAUAAGGAUUUCAAACUCGAACUGAGUUGGGUUUGUCAAUCCUCCCAGGGCCAGCACCAGCUGGUGCCCGGCGAACUUUACACGGCGGCAACCCGCGCUGGUCAGGAAGCGGUCGACGAAGACGACAGUGAUAAUGAAAUCUAGGAUCGUUCUACGAUGGCUUGUUUAGUAGGUGGGAAGUGAUGAUUGGAUAAGAACACAGCUUUGGGAAUCGUUUUUUUAAACUAACGUUCAUUUAUUUGAACCUUUGCAUUCUCUUCAAGGGGAAAUAAAAAAAAUAAAAAAUGGA